GUCGCGCCAAUGCGAACGUGGCUAACCAACUCGAAGGAUUUACCAAAGCGGCUGUGCCUUAAAACCGCAGCCAGCUCUAUUUUGCAGCCGAUUUGCAAACCAACACCCAAGUGCACCAUGUUGUACUCAUCUGCACGUCUGCAAGACGCUGAUAAUCUCUCCAUGCAAAAGAUGGUCAAGUCCAUAGCUUCUUUCUUUGCCUCUCUCUUUGUUUUGCAGUCGCAGUCGCCCAUGUUCAUCUCUUCCCUUUUAUGUACGCCAUCAUGUGGCUUAGAAAUGUUCUUUGGUUCUUCGUGUGGAUUCAAAUCCAUCAUGCCUUCGAAGGAAUUUACAAUCUUUUCGAACAACCAAACCACCACAUUUACCACGAGUAUAUCGACCUCGACAUUACUGAGUACGAUUUCAGAUAUUUCGAACAAACCAAUAUCUGCAACGUCCACCAUAAGCUCAUUCACAACCGUCGUUGAUUAUACGACAAUAUCUGCAGGCUCAUCGUUGUCUACAUCCAACAAUAACAACUUUUCAACCGCAAAUCUGAACAACGCGACCUCUUCGACGACAUCGAGCUUGUCUCUGUCGUCUGUCUUUGCGCCAACAACCGGUUCCUUGAGUACCACGACUUCAGUACCUACUACCAUGUCUACACUGAGAUCUACCAGUACUAGCGUGACUGACUUGUCGAUCUCGACGUCGUCUUCUUUGUCGUCUACAAAGUCACCUUCUGUAUCGCCCAUCUCGAGCACAACUACUGCAAUACUUCUGCUAUCUUCUGCUACUAUUGCUGCCAGCCAAGCCAUCAAUCCAGGAGUUGUUGCUAAUGCUUCGAGCACUGGACUACAAGUCGUUGAAGCAGCACCUUCGAGCAGCGUCUCGGUAUCAGCUUCGGCAAUCUCUGCUCCUAAAUCAGCUCAGUCGGCUUCCACAUCCUCCACAGAAAUCAAAGCAGUUUCAUCAGCAUCAGGGACCACGCCGCUGUCUAGUUCAAGUAGUGCUUCAAAGACGACUUCUGAGAGCACGUCCUCUGCGACCAGCAAUGCAGCCUCGAGCACCUCAAGCGCAAGCGAACCUCCAGCACCCUCGACUUCGUCCAGUUCUGCUAUAUCCACGGCUAUAUCUAGUAGUAUAAGUAGCUCAACUACCACCACUAGCUCAAGCAGUAUUACUUCGAUUCUGACUGCGUCCGUAUCUCCUACUAUCCUUGAGUCAACGUCCAGUACCGCAAUACCAAGUUCGAUCCUCAUUCUUCCCACAACCAGUCCUUCUCCGUCUUCAACCUCAACAUCAUCUUCAUCGAGUUCGACAAUCAAUACCGCAACAGCUACUUCUGAGUCCAAUUCUGCGAACCCUAGCAUCGCCCCUGUGAAGCCAACUCCGCAUCAGCUAUCAUCCCAGGAGAUUGCAGGAAUAUCCUUCGGCGCCGUUGCAGCUGCUGCUAUCCUAUCGCUCAUACUAUUCGCACUCUAUCGUCGACGUCGUGCUCGUCAGGCAGCCGCUGUUGCUGUUGUCAAAGACAAACACGGCUCUUUCCCCGAAAGCGCAUGGCUCUACGAUCCUCGAAUGACACCUGCUCGCGCACGGUCUGCAGCAUCUGCCGCUUCUCCCCAUCACGGUUGCAGUCCAGUCAGCAGCAUGCACUCCAGUGUAUCCAGCAGUGCCAGCAGAAGAGACGCAGCUCUCCUCUCUACCAUCGCAGUCCCCGCCGUGCUGCCAAAACGCCAACUCAGCAACCCCAUCGGACCCGCUUUAAUCUCCAACCCACCUUCUGCUGCAAGCCGCCAUCGCCUCUCCUCUUCACUACCCGACAUCAAACCUCUGCCGCCUACACCCUCUGCCGCUGUAAAUGCCUCCACCAUCCCCAGUCCUAUCGCAGAAGUCCCUAGUCCUGUGUCAGACAUCACUCCUGCACCCAAGGAAACCAAACGUGAGAGUUUGCCUGCAAUCUUGAAGAUUGGUGGGGGAAUAAAGAGACCACUUACUGCUGCGCCAGUGAUGGAGAGGAUUAAGCCAGGGCCGAACAAGCCCUUGCCUCCUAGACCUGUCAUUGAUGACAAGAACAGACCGUUUAGUUUUGAAGCUGGGGAUGAUGGUGCUAAGAAAUUUGGGAUUGCAAAGUAG